UGGACAACAUUAAAGACGGGUGGUUCACCGAAACAUGCACAUUAUGGCCUGGUCAAGCGAUGAGUCUUCAAGUGGAGGAGGUGUUGUAUCAUAAAAAAUCAAAGUUCCAGGAUGUAAUGGUUUUUAAAAGAGACUCUGCCUCCCUUGCCUUGACUGAUGGCAGGCAACGACUGAUGGCAGAAGCUGUACAACAUACAAACAUCUGAAAUUCAGUAAUCUUAAAUUAUGAUCUUGCGGCUUUGAGGUUAUGUAAAUUUUGGCAGGUUAUUUUACAUUCGCUUCAUGCAUGCAAAUUAAUAAAGUGAUGAAUGGAAAUUGGGCAGUUCAAUUAAGUAUAGAAUUUUUGUAAUGGCUACAAAAAUGAAAAUGGGCAAAUGUGGGAUCACCGAGAAAUUAAAUGUUUUUUUAUUUUUUUUUAUUACAAUUUGUAUAGCCACGGUUUUACUACAAAUAUCAUGCUUAAACUAUGCAGGAAAACAUUUUUUGAGAGACACCAGGACUGCAGCUGACUGUAAAACUUAUGGAAAUGUGCUGGUUUUGGAUGGAGUCAUCCAAUGCACAGAACGAGAUGAAUUUUCUUAUCAAGAAAUGAUUGCCAAUCUACCUCUCUGCUGCCACCCUUGCCCAAAGAAGGUUCUCAUCAUUGGUGGAGGAGACGGUGGUGUCCUGAGGGAGGUUGUCAAGCAUCCGCUGGUGGAGUCUGUUGUUCAGUGUGAAAUUGAUGAGGAUGUAAUAAAUGUCUCCAAGAAGUACCUCCCUGGAAUGGCAAAAGGCUUCUUUAGCCCCAAACUUACUCUGCAUGUAGGUGAUGGCUUUGAAUUUAUGAAAAAGAAUCAGGAUGCCUUUGAUGUCAUCAUCACAGACUCCUCAGACCCUGUUGGUCCGGCUGAAAGCUUGUUCAAAGUGUCUUACUAUCAGCUCAUGAAAACGGCACUUUGUGAGGGAGGAAUACUCUGUUGUCAAGGAGAGUGUCAGUGGUUGCAUUUGGAGCUAAUCAAAGAAAUGCAGACCUUCUGUAAGACCCUCUUUCCUGUAGUAGACUAUGCAUACUGCACCAUUCCAACAUAUCCAAGUGGACAAAUCGGAUUCAUGCUUUGCAGUAAAAAUCCGAAAACAAAUUUCCGUGAGCCAGUACGAGAAAUACCAAGGGAUGAGAUCGAGAGCAUGAACCUCAAAUAUUACAAUCCUGAAAUACACCGUGCGGCAUUCAUCCUCCCAGAAUUUGCCAGAAAGGUUCUAAGUGAAGCGUAAAUGGCUUCAUGGGUGCCAUCUUGUCAGCACGCUGCCUUCUGUGAAAGCAGAACAAAACCCUCACCACAGCUGCAGUAGCUCCCACACCGCAUCCCUCUCCAGAUUUUGAUUGGUCAAUUGACUGCUAAUGGACAAGUGCAAAUGUCUUCUGUGGGGAAAUUCUGUUUGUCUGUCCAGUUCCAUCAUUGUUUCUGUCUUAUGAGUUGUUUUUUGGUUUCCUUUUACAAUUCCACUUCCCACAUCAAACCUUCAGAACUGUACAAAGAGACAAUCAUGCAUGUUCUGUGACAGAUUCCACAGUCUUUCUCUUACUUGUGUUGAGAAUGGAAAAAGAGUGCACGUUCCACUACAACUGUCUUAUUUGCCGUUAAUUAAGCAUGCAGGUAUUUUAAAUGAACUGCAUAUCUUCUCUAUAAACCCUUUCGAAGACUUCAGGUCAGUAACAAUUAUAAGUUUUCUUAACAUGCUGUAUUAAGGCUUCAUAUUAUGGGUCACUUUAUCAACCGUACACUAUUAUCAAACCUAAACCUAUUUAAUAUUGCUAUAUUUUCUAAAACUACUACUCCAAAGUCUGUACAGAAGAUGCUUUACGUAACUAGCAAAACUGGAAGCUAUUUUCUGCAGUUAAGAUUAUCUAACAUAAAUGGUUUGUGUUUUCCUUCUUCGCCUGUUAAGGUGGAAUAUGGACUCUCUGGGUGACUUGUGUGCUCUGGCUCUCCUGAACAAGUCUGAUUACAUGAUGUGAUUUUUUUUUCGUAGAGCAAAUAGUGUUUGGUAUGCAGCCUUUUGAGUGAUAUACUAUAGUCUAUUGCAAACGUAUGCUUAUGGUCAAUGGACUCUAUGAUGGAACGGUUUUGCAGUGUCUUUUAACAUUAGAAUUACUGGAAGUCUCAAACAUUGAGGCAUUGUCUUAAUAUUGAAUAUAAUCACGGAGGUAUACUUUAUGACAAAAUAACUGUAUUUGAUGGAUAGCUAAUGAUCUUUUAAGGAUUAGUUGCAUAGGACAAACUAUUUUGUACUCUGUCAGGUUUAGCAGUAUGGAAGAGGGUUUAUUUGUCCUUUUACCAUUUAAUGUUUAUGAUGUAAAUAUAAAUUGUUUUGAAAUAAAAAUGUAACCACAA